GUUUGGGAACAAUCCUCAUCCGCGAGCUGACUCUUGAUCAAAACACGCCCGACAUGGAACCCACCCCCAUGGACCCCGAAGUGGCGACCGACCGAUCGCGGAUUGCAAUCCUCGGCGCGGGGAGCGUGGGCUCCGCAAUAGCACUCUGCCUGAUCCUGAAUCCCGUCGCAAGCGAGAUUCUGCUGGUGGACCCCAACACCAAGCAACGAGACGCACAGGUCAAAGACCUCGAGGAUACCACCACUUACCACGGUGCCGUUGGUGGCGGCGGCGUGAGGAUUCGGUCCGCAACCCACAAGGAGGCGGGACAAUGCGAUAUCGUCGUCAUCAGCGCCGGUGCGAAACAGAGACAUGGCGAAUCAAGGACCGAUCUGCUCGGUCGGAACCUGGCCAUUCUCAAGUCUGCGACGGACGACAUGAAGCCGUUCCGCGAGGACACGGUCAUUCUGCUCGUGGCAAAUCCCGUGGACAUAUUGACCUACUUCUGCCAGAAGUUCUCCGGGCUCCCGCAAGGCCAGAUCAUCGGGAGCGGGACCUUCCUCGACAGCGCCCGGCUGAGGGGCAUCUUGGCCGCCAAGCUCGGCGUCGACGCUGGCAGUGUCGACGCUUACGUGCUCGGUGAACAUGGAGAAUCGCAGAUGGUUGCUUGGUCUUGCGUUACUAUCGGUGCCGUGCCGUUGGACCAAUGUCUUCUGCCAGGCACGUCGAUUGACCGCAAAGCCGUCGCGACGGAGACGAAAGACAAAGCGGCAAAGAUCAUCGAGGCCAAAGGGGCUACCGCCUACGGGAUCGGCGCCUUGAGUGCGGCCAUCUGCAAGUCGAUUCUAUUCGACCAGCGAAACGUCCGUCCGAUUUCUCACUGGGUCGACGACCUGGGAUGCUGCUUGAGCCUGCCGGUGGUCCUCGGACGACGCGGGAUCGUCAGAUCCCUCAAGAUCCCACUGAAUCGAGAGGAGGAGGGUCUCUUGCUCAAGAGCGCCGACACCCUGAGAAAGCUGAUUCAAGAAGCAGAGCAGACGCAGAAGUAGGGCAAAGUCGGAAGAUAUGUCGGGAUAUUGUUUCUUUUUCACGGCGGCGCUUAUGGCGCUUUUGAUUACCCCAGUGGUCAAAGAUUCAACGAGACCCCUUUCACUCCAUCCGUGCUCAUUUUCCUUUGUCUUCGCGGUAAUCUGCGCUUGAUGCCCCGCCAGCAUCGAGAAAGUCUCGACACCUUCAAAACUCCAACGGGAGGCGGCUCCGACAUGACCGUCUCGGUCGAGGUGUUGACGGAACCCCGAAAGGGGCAGGCUGUUCCGUUGCAGGUGGGUUGGUCUUGGAUUGACAGCAUUUCCCGCAAAGUGUACAGGGACUCGACGUCGUCGUCGUAGUUGUCCAUCGGGCUUUGUUGACGGGCUGUAUGCUGGGAAGCCUCGGGCGGGAUGUCGCGGUCACUGGUGCGCUGAUGGUGGUUUGAUUCGCCGCUCGAGGUCAUACUGAGGGAUCGUAGCCGGCCGACUUCAAUAGGUGGAUGACUGCUCGCUCAGGACAGUCGGUUGUGUCGCCUCCUGGUUCCUAAGUACUUUCUUGACUGUCAAUAUAUCUUUGAGUCAAUUUCAAGCAGAUUGCCAAGUCAUAACUGCAAUCCUU